ACCCCUUCGAAAGAGACUGACAGUUAGUAGCUAGUACCGCUUUUUAUUCUCGUGCUUCUGGCGUUUGAAGAAUCAUCACUGCUGAAGAGAAAAAAAAUCAUAAUUUGUCGGAUUAAUUAAUUGUCCUUCUCCCGAAGUUGUUCAUCGGACGGGUUGGAAGUACUUCCGAGGGAUAUGAAAGUGCGAAAUUAGGCAUACUUGUUUUGAGGCGCAAACAAAGUAACGUAAAGAGGCACAUAUACCGUUCAUGGCUGCUGGGGACGGUGCCCAGCUGCCGGCGACAAUAGCGGCUAGUCGGAGCGUAGAGAAGUCGCUCGAGGAGGCUGCCGCCAGCGGGGCUCUGAACUUGUCGAACCGUAAAUUGAAGGAGUUUCCCCGAACCGCCAGGAACUAUGACUUAUCUGAUAUUACGCACGCAGACCUGGCUAAGAACCGCCUGGGUGAGCUGCCAGAGGAGCUGUGCCAGUUCAUCUCCUUGGAGACGCUCAGCCUGUACCAUAACUGUGUUCGCUCCCUCACCUCCAGCCUCUGUCAGCUACAGGCCCUCACCUACCUCAAUAUUAGUCGGAACCUCCUCUCCAGCCUGCCUCCCUCUGUGUGUCAGCUCCCCCUCUUGAGAGUCCUGAUUGUCAGCAACAACAAGCUGUCCAGCCUGCCGGCCUCCAUACACAGCCUCACACACCUCCGACAGCUGGAUGUGAGCUGUAAUGACCUGCGGUGCCUGCCUGUGGAGCUGGGCCAGCUGGAGUCUCUGAGGGACCUGAACCUGAGGCGUAACCAGCUGAUCACGCUGCCUGAAGAGCUCUCAGAGCUGCCCCUGGUCCGGCUGGACGCGUCCUGCAAUCACAUCUCCCGCGUCCCCGUGUGCUACCGCCACCUGCGCCAGCUCCAGACCAUUGUCCUGGACGACAACCCCCUGCUGCACCCGCCCGCCCAGGUCUGCUCCAAGGGGAAGUACCACAUCUUCAAGUUCCUCAACAUGGAGGCCUGCAAGAGGAGCCGUGACGAGAUUGAGAAAGCCCUGAGACCCACCGGGUUUAACAGCUGUCUGUCCGACCAGGAGCUUUUCCCUGGCCAGUAUGGAGGUUUGGACUCGGGCUUCAACAGUGUAGACAGCGGCAGCAAGAGGUGGUCCGGCAACGAGUCUGCGGAUGACUUCUCAGAGCGUUCCCUCCGCAUGGCGGAGAUGACCCGGGACCAGAGGAACCUGACUGAGGAGGAGGAGGAGGUGGAGAGCUCUCCCCUCACAAAGACCUCAACCACAGUGAAUGGCGAGGCUGAGCGGCUGGAUUUCAUUGAUAGCAGGGUCACCGGGGAGGAAGAAAAGCGCCUGACGAAUCCUCCCACUCCUCCCCUCACAGCUCCCCCACAGAAGGCCGAAAAAUCUUCACCUCCCCCCCAAACACAGGACUCUUCUUUAAGAAGUAUGACUGUGGAGGUCGGAGGCAGUGGAUCCAGGCCUCUGUCUCCAUCCAGUCCCACUCUGGAGGAGAGGAGGAGACCGGGAACCCUGCUCAUCUGGCAGGAGAGGGAAAGAGCCCAGCAGCAACACAGAGACACCCGGGUCAGAGACAACGGUUUACAGAAGACAGCGCCCAAAACAGGAAGUCACGUGCCGACACCGUCACAGACAGGAAGUAGCUUGAGUGGCGGAUCUCCAGACAACAGCCACUCCCAGAACGGGCUCAGACAGCGAUGUGCGAGUGCUGAUCAGAUGUGCACGUUAUACCAGGGGUCGUCAUCUGUAACGCCGCUUGUUCAGCGCUCUGUUAGCCGAUCAGACAUUCCGUCGUCUCCGAAGGCGUCCUCCCCUCCGGGCCAGUCGCAGAAGCCCAACAGCUUCCUGUUCCGCACCUCCUCUCGCUGCAGCGUCAGGAGUGAGGUUACCUCCGGAUCCACGCAGAGCCUGGUGGAUGCGGGACGCUCCUCAAUGAGGAGAGAGGAGAGACCGGAGGUCCUACAGCUCCGCAAGACUCUGGAGUCAAAGUUAAAGGUCACCCUGCCUGAAGAUCUAGGCGAGGCAUUGUCCAAUGGCACGGUCCUUUGCCAGCUGGCCAAUCACGUGCGGCCUCGCGCCGUGUCCAUCAUCCAUAUACCCUCCCCCGCAGUGCCAAAGCUGAGUACUGCCAAGUGUCGUCUCAAUGUGGAAAACUUCAUUGCUGCUUGUCGAAGGCUCGGGGUCCCUGAGACGGAGAUGUGUGUGUCCUCUGACGUGUCUCUCUGUCAGCUGCCUGCUGUACUGCGCUGUGUGACGGCCCUCGUGAAAUGUGAGGUAGAGGGGGAGGCCCAGGGGCAGGGCGUCACCCCCCUCACCCCACGUCCCUCACUGCUCUCAGGGGGCUUCCUGGUCUUCUACUGCCUGUCCAUGAGUCUCCUCUACAUGCUCUAUUGGCACCUCGUCACUUAGAAGUGUGUGUGUGUGUGUGUGUGUGUGUAAGCACUGUACUGACGCCGAUGUGAAUUUGAUUAUUAAAUGCCAACAUAGAGGAAGCCCGGAUCAAGAUGAUCCACCGUGAUUCCCCCCCCAAGAAACACAUGCAAAUGUGCAAAACAGACUUUUGUUGUGCAUGCGCACGCACACCCACGUGCACAUACAAACGCGCACACAGCUGCUCUGACGUGUUGUAUGCAGGGUGAAGGAAAGAGGCUCUGAACACAGGAAGGACAGUCCGCUGCUCCCUGCAGCACCAUGACGAUGGCUAUUCUGGAGGUCUUCCCGACACCACUGCCUUAGAUUAGUGCCCCUGACACCCAGCCUGACCCAGACAGGCCUGGACUCCCCUGACACCCAGCCUGACCCAGACGGGCUUGGACUCCCCUGACGCCCCGCCUGACCCAGACCCAGAUGGGCCUGGACUCCCCUGGCGCCCCGCCUGACCCAGACAGGCCUGGACUCCCCUGACACUCUGCCUGACCCAGACGGGCCUGGAUUCCCCUGACACCCAGCCUGACCCAGACGGGCUUGGACUCCCCUGACGCCCCGCCUGACCCAGACCCAGAUGGGCCUGGACUCCCCUGGCGCCCCGCCUGACCCAGACGGGCCUGGACUCCCCUGGCGCCCCGCCUGACCCAGACGGGCCUGGACUCCCCUGACGCCCCGCCUGACCCAGACCCAGAUGGGCCUGGACUCCCCUGGCGCCCCGCCUGACCCAGACGGGCCUGGACUCCCCUGACGCCCCGCCUGACCCAGACCCAGAUGGGCCUGGACUCCCCUGGCGCCCCGCCUGACCCAGACAGGCCUGGACUCCCCUGACACUCUGCCUGACCCAGACGGGCCUGGAUUCCCCUGACACUCUGCCUGACCCAAACCCAAAUGUUCCCAUUCCAGCAUCGGCUUCUGCUGUGGGGAGACCUGGUUUAGAACCGCGGACACUGAUCGAAACCCUUGAUGCGAUGGGAAAGGAAUAAUGAAAUACUACAUUUUCUGUCUCUUAUGACAAACAUUUGCACAAAUGGUUAAGACGUUUUCUCACGGAAGCCAACUUUGGGCGAAUGGGACAAAUCACUAGUGCCUCCUAUGACUCCAAAAGACCACACGCUACUAACCAACAAUUUUUCACUGUCUGCUACGUCUGACUGUGGCCAGCAGGGGGGAGUGUUGUUACACACUACUUAGCAAUGAAUGCUAUCGUGUGUGUGUAAGUAAAACGACGGUACAGAAUAACUUGUGCAUGUGUGGAUAUACUGUGGCUUCUUUUUUUGCUGUUGUACGUUUGCUUUAGACCGGCUUAACGUUGUCAGUGUUUGUAUAAAUGUCAACAACUAAUUAAAUUAUUGUCUUUUAUUUAUUUCUUUUAAGAUUUACAUGUUGUCUUUUUCUUUUGUUUUGUUAGUUGCCGCACGGGGAGAGACGCGGCCUCCUGGUUUUUAUCUUUUCUGAAAUCACCUGGGUUGAUUAAGUUCCCGAUCGACCGUCUCAUUACGGCUCUUAGUCAUUCAAUAUUACUGCUACAUCAAAGCUUGCACCAGUAACCCUUUACAUAACGAUCGGGGUUAGCUUGUGCAUUGGUUAGAUGCUUGUCUUAGGCGUGGCAUCUCACAGUUCAGUCACUACAUUUCCCAUCGGCCUCGUUGCAUCCCCCUGUUACAGCCGUCGCCCCAUGCGAAGCCGAGUCCUGGCGCAUUUUGAGGCCUCUGCUUUCCCCGGGCUUAAUGUGGUGUCAUCGUUCACUAAGCACCCUGUAAGAAAUCAAUUUACACACACACACACAGCCCAUCAUACAGAGGUGUUAUUUUAAUACUGCGGUCAAUGAUAAUGUCUGCAAAUUGAUAAUGCGUACUCUGCUUGCACAGGGAGUGGUUCAAACAAGCAGUGCCAUGCAACAGUAGGUUGGCCUGUGUCCAGAAGGGAUGAGCCCAAAUGAACACCUCCCACGGUCUGUUACAUCAAAACCCUGUGGUUGAAACAGACAUUGCCAUGGUGUUUCUUAAACCAAAGUGUGUGUUUUAUUAAAACAAACUGUGGAAAAGCCGCCAUGCUGAGUUAUAUACUUAGACAGAACAGAAAUACAACUGUAUUUUGAAAUAUUUAUAUAAUAUCCAUGUAUUUACGUUUUUCUGCUAUAAAGAAAUGAUUAAAAGAUGAACUUUUCUGACCGCG